CCGCUCUACCUACUGCAGCCAUCCAUCUCACUCGAUUUCCCUUCCUCGCCCAUUCUUGGCUCCGCCUGACACCAGAAACCACCGAUUUCAUCAUCAAUCUUACAUACUGUCACCUUACAUACCAUAGUAGCUUCAGUUUCUAUCCUGUCCUUUGCGGCCUGAAUCCGAAAACUCCGUUCUUCUUAUUUUCAACUUCGCCUCUCUUCUCAUCGCCUUUUGACAAUUAUAUGCCAGUAUCAUAACCCAGCAGAAGCCUGCCCCGCUCGUCUAGGUCCCCGACGUCGCCGCUACACAGGCUUCAGGCACAGACAGGCUCUGGUCUGGCUCUUUGUCCCCUCCUGCGUGAGCCUGGACUGGCAGAGAGCUUGAAUCUAUUAUCAAACCGCGCGGCAUCAGUUUCGUCUGCCUCGAUAUCAAAUCGUUCUUCACCGUUACGCCUCUUUUCGAUCGCCCGUUUCAUAAAUUUCGCGAUGGCUUCUACUGGUACUGGAGGCACUUUGCCACCCAACUUUCUCUUGACCCCGCAACAGCAGAACCUGCUCUUCGCUGCUCUCAACUCCAACAAACAGCAGCUCUCUGGUUCUUCCGUGGACAAUUCUCUGACGGUUUCUCCCACGACGUUCCGCAAUUCUGCUGGCCAACAAAAGCCCGCCACCGCUACAGGUUACCAGGAGAGUCCCUUCCUCGACAACUACGACUAUGACUUUGGCGAUUCUGGUUUCGACUUCUCCUUCGCCAGCGAGGACCAGCCUUCCAUGAUUGGAGAUCUUCCUGCUGCUUCCACGGAGCCCAACAACAACUCUGGUUCUGUCGCUCUGUCCGACUCCCCAGAGACUGAUACUCCAGAGAAGCGCAGCUACCCCGACGACGAGGAUGACGAAGAUAGCCCUGGUGGGGAUCACAAGCGCCGUGAGAGUACCGACAAGGUCCCUAAGAAGCCCGGUCGUAAGCCUCUUACAUCCGAGCCCAGCUCGAAGCGCAAGGCUCAAAAUCGAGCCGCUCAGCGUGCUUUCAGAGAACGCAAGGAGAAGCAUUUGAAGGACCUUGAGACAAAGGUUGAAGAGCUAGAGAAGGCUUCGCAGGCUGCCAACCAUGAGAAUGGCAUGCUUCGAGCUCAGGUUGAGCGCAUGACAGCUGAACUCAACCAGUAUAAGCAGAAGGUCACAGUGAUGUCAGCUACCAAGUCACUGCCCAGAGAAAAGGUUCCUUUCGGCAGCGCUGCCGUCAGCAACCUCGGCGAUGUUAACUUCCAGUUCGAGUUUCCCAAAUUUGGCAUGCUUCCAGGACCACCUGUCAGCAAGACUGGCUCAUCGCCUACAAGCCCGGAUCAGCAAAAGAUCACAUACCCAAGCCCUACCACCAGCCUCAACAAUAGCGCGCAAUCCGUACAACAAUUCAAGGAUGACUUGGCCAAGUUCUCGGGUGUCUUCAGCCCUUCCAUGGCAAGCUCUGCCACCAACCCCUCUCGUGCGAGUGUUGACUCUGCAAACUACAGCGUCAAUGGCGCUUCCAGCUCCCCAUCUGCUUCAUCUCAUUCAAACACCGGUCCCAGCUCUUCUUGCGGAACAUCGCCUGAGCCUUUCAACCAGUCUCCCAUGGGCUUCAAGCCCGUUGAUACGAUGACUACCAUUGGCGAGGAGCAGACACAUCAGAACAACAAUAACAACCCCAGUCAAUUCGGCAAUAUUGAUCUCAACAGCACCAACUUUGACUGGCUGUCACAACAGAACGGUGGACAGUUUGACCCACAGCUCUUUGGUGAUUAUCGUGAGCCUCAAGAAAACGUCUUGGCAAAUCCAUCUUUCGACGACUUCUUCAACGAUGCUCUUGACAGCGAUUUCUUUACUCCUUACAACAUGGCUCCUAACAGCCCCAGCGCGCAUCUCAAUGGCCAGGCCAAGAAGCCAUCGAACUUGAUUGAUCAGAUUGAUGCUCAAAAGGAGUCCGAUGACGAACCUCUCAAGAAGCAGAACAUGAACUGCAAUCAACUGUGGGAGAAACUUCAAGCUUGCCCCAAGGCACAGAAUGGUGAAUUCGACCUCGACGGCCUCUGCUCUGAACUUACCAAGAAGGCCAAGUGCUCUGGCACUGGUCCUGUGGUUGCUGAGACCGACUUUGACACCAUUCUGCAAAAGUAUAUGGGCAAAGACGUCUCCAGUAGUUGUGUUGCCCAACAGCUGGGUGUGGAAAUAAAGUCGAGUGAACCAAAACAAGAUAAGCAUCUUGGCCUGUCGAUUUGAGACCAGGUUUAUGAACAAAGAUUCGGCUGUACACUACAAACUUCGGCGGCAUACCCAGCACACAGCUACACAAUGAUUAAGGCGUUUACAACAGACAGGAUGGGAUCGGAAAACCAAGGGAUUCCGGCGCUUGAUUUACCUCCGUCAAUGGAAUUGGAUGCAUGGAAAGGAGAAAGGAUGAUCUAUGGCAUGAUUAUGUAGCAUGCCACGAAAUCUUCGACCUGUUAACUCAGCUUGAAAUUUCUUUGGGGAUUUACUUAUGCUUUGUUUUUGGAUGGACAUUUUUUUGCUGCUAUGAAUAAUUAUGACUUAUUUCUGGUUUCAAUUGUCAAGGGCUCAACAGGGGAUAUAUGAUGAUCACUGUGACUUGGCAACGCACAUGUUGAUCAGAUAUGUACAUCAAAGGGACUAUUUAACUUUCAUUACUACGUAAAGAUGAUCAAAGUGUUGGAGGCGCUCUUGUGAUACGAGUAUUAGUAUUCAAGGAUAUGAAUUGCACGCUACAGCAGCAACUUUGAGCCAAUCUGCAACAUCCAGA